CUCUCCCAUCCUGUUGCUCUCACUGUUACUCACAUUACUCAUUACUCUCUUCUUGCUCCUCACUAAUAUAUACUUUCUGUUUUUCCUCUUUUUUUAAGAAACGCCACUGGUUAUCUGAAAGAAAUAAAGCAAUCUUUUCAGGUUGAUCUUAGCAUAAAGGGGCAAAAUUCUCGUACUCGCUUCCUGCCAUACUCUCAACAAAGCACAUUUCUUUUUCUCUUUUGCAACCAUGCAUUCCAACACUGUUCCUGUUGCCUCCAGAACUCGUUCAAGAAAGACCGCCACAACCACCAUGAGCCUGAGUAGCUCCGACGAUGACGAAGUCGUCGUUAAAGGGGAAACUCCCCCGAAACCUCAACCUGAACGCGGCAGCGCAGAAGGCAGCGGUAACAGAGACGGCGAGAAUGUGAAGGAGGGCGAGAACAGAGAAGAUAUAACGAGGAAAAGAAGAAAAUUUGGGGUUGACAUUUUGAUUGACCAGGGUCCCAUCCCCGAUGGUAAGAGUGUUGCACACAGGACUCGUUCCCAUUUCCCGAAGAGCAAGAAGCACCUCCUUUUUGGGACUUUUAGUCAACCAAUUUGUCUUGCUGAUGAUGAUGAUGAUGAAGAACAAGAACAAGAACAAGAAAAGGAAGAAGGGCAACAACCUGGGAAGCAAGGUGAAGAUGAUGAAGAAGAACAUGUGGAGGAGGAGGAGGAGGAGGAGGAGGAGGAGGACGACGACGACGACGAUGACGACAACGACGACGAUGACGACGAGUCUCUUUAUGAAUCAGAAGAAACUGAUUUGGAGGAGGAGGAUGAUGAUGAUGACGACGACUACAGCGUAGAGAGAGAUGCAUGUAUGAACAAUGUGGCCAAUUUCGAAGGGAAGAAGCAAAAGCGGAAGCGUGUUGAUGUGGCUAGCAUGUUAAGGGAUAUGAUGUUUGGCAAGGGAGAGGUGCCUUUGCUGGAGUCUGUGGAAGAAGAAUCAGGUGCAACUGUGGUGACCAUGGACGUGCCAACAAGGUCCCCUUUCAACAGUGAGAAGCACGCGCCACCGGAGAAAUCGACUGAGCAGGAAGUGCUGGAUGCUAUUUGGGCUGAGAUGGAGCGUGGCUUCAGCUCUGAUCCUUUUGAAGAGGAGCAGGGUUCUAAUGAAUUCAAAUGCAGAGGUUCCAAGAGGGAAAAGGGAUCUGCUUUUGAAUUUACAAGGAAGAGAGAAGAUCAAGAUCUAAAAGGGCUUGGUGGGGAGUUUCAGGAUUGUGUUGCCCAAGAGAAGGGUAAAUUGUCUAGCAAGUCAUGCAUUGAGGGGGGAAAUUCAUGUGUGGAUUUUCCUUUCAAGUUUACUUUUUUAACUAAGGAACCGCCAGCGGAGAAAUCCCAAGAUGAGAAAGAAAUAGAUACGAUCUGGUCUGAGAUGGAGCUUGGUCUUCAUGUUAUCCAACAAGACUCUGCUUCUGCUCCUCAGCAGGGUGAAAAUAAUGCUAAUUCGGAUCGUGAUCAAUUUCCGGUGGAAGGUGAUGCUAACACACCCCCUCUUUUUCGCUGUCGAAAAGGGGAACACAAUCUUGUUCUUGAUGAGGAAAUUGGGCUUAUCUGUAAAUAUUGCUUGCAUGUGGCACUGGAGAUCAAGAAUUGGGUUCCUCCUUUUGUUGAAAGUCCAUGGGAAAAAUCUGACAGGAGAGAUUAUUAUUAUUAUGGGGAUGAUGUUGACCGGUCUGUCUUGGAUGAGCUUCAUGAUCGAACUUCUUGGAGUGAUGAUUAUAACCUUGGUAAUCACAAGGGGACAGUAUGGGAUAUGAUUCCUGGAGUGAAGAAGACUAUGUAUCCUCAUCAAUGCGAAGCUUUUGAAUUUCUCUGGAGUCAUUUAGCUGGUGGAAUUUUUCUUGAUCAGCUUAAAGAAGAAAACACUGGAAAUGGAUGCGUUGUAUCUCAUGCUCCUGGCACGGGGAAAACCCGUCUUGCUAUUGUAUUUAUCCAGGCUUACAUGAAGUUAUAUCCAGCAUGCUCACCAAUGAUUAUUGCUCCUAAAAGCAUGCUCCUUACAUGGGAAGAGGAGUUCAAACUAUGGAAGGUUGACAUUCCCUUUCACAAUGUGAACAACUCUGAAUACUCUGGCAACGAGAAUGAAACAGCUCGUAAUCUUAUCAAUAAAUUUGGUCGUAAUGCUUCGACUCAGGCAGCAAAGCGGAAUUGUCGUACAGCUAAGUUCUAUUCCUGGAAGCUUGGCAAAAGCAUCUUGGGAAUUAGCUACAAAUUGUUCGAGCUACUUACCCGGCAGGGCUCCCGGGACAAGGUCCUGAGGAAGUUCCUUCUUGAACAGCCUAGUUUGCUAGUUCUUGACGAAGGGCACACUCCCCGCAAUAAGACAUCUGCUGUAUGGAAAUCCGUCUCUGAAAUUGAAACAAAGAGACGCAUCAUCCUUUCCGGAACUCCCUUUCAAAACAACUUUAGGGAGCUAUACACCACACUGUGCUUGGCAAGGCCUAAAUUUGCUGAUUUGAAUCCAAGAGAUGAACAUAGAGGGAGAUGGCAAUAUCUUGUCAAUUCAUAUGGAAAGGUUACUGAUUCCAGUAGAAAAUUAAAGAUAUUGAAAGAGAUCCGAGAAAUGAUCCAACCUUUUGUUCAUGUAUACAAGGGAACCAUACUGCAAGACAGUCUCCCAGGGCUGAGGCAGUUGGUAGUCAUAUUGAAGCCAACCCAGUUGCAGGAGAAAUUGCUUCAAGAUAUUAAGAAGAGAUUUGAUAAUGUGCUUAAAUUAGAAUACGAAGAGUCUGUAGCAGCGUUUCAUCCUUCUCUUUGCGAAAUAGCUGAAGACAAGGAGAAGAUACAAAAGUGUAGAUUGAACCCCAACGAAAGUGCCAAAACAAAGUUCUUAAUGGAACUUAUCAGGAUCAGUGGAAUUUUCAAUGAAAAAGUUUUGAUUUUUAGUCAAUUCAUUGAACCUUUGAAGCUUCUACUGAGCCAGCUGAAGCAACAUUUUAGUUGGACCGAAGGAAGAGAGGUGUUACAAAUGCAUGGAAAACAAGAAGCAAAGCUUCGACAGGCUUCAAUCCACACUUUCAAUGAUCCGAACAGCAAAGUAAGGGUAAUGCUAGCAUCAACCAAGGCUUGUUACGAAGGUAUCAGUUUGGUAGGUGCCUCGAGGGUUGUUUUGCUUGAUGUUGUGUGGAAUCCCUCGGUUGAGAAGCAAGCAAUAAGCCGUGCUUAUAGGCUCGGCCAAAAGAAGCUCGUGUUUACUUACCAUUUGAUCACUAAGGGGACAACGGACGAGAAAAAAUGUGGUCGACAAGCUGUGAAGGACCAGUUGUCAGAGUUCGUGUUCUUUCAUUCCGAAGGUGGGGCUCAAAAUCGUCAACUCUUUUCAUCCGCUGAAUUGGAAGAUAAAAUUCUGGAGCAGAUCAUUGAGCAAGAAAAGUUCAGACACAUAAUUGAAAAAGUAGCUAUUAAGAAACCAAAUCUACUUUGAGACAUGGUUUCAAUCCCUCUCUUGUUUGCCUAUUUCUUGCUUGAUACACAGCUUCACAUGGCUGUUCUUGAGUACAUAGCUUCUUAUGGCUGAUCUUCUGGAUACAUAGACUCCUGUGGCCGUAUUUUGGGUACAUAGUUUCUCAUGGCUGCUUAUAUAGCUUCUUAUGGCUUUUGGUAUACAAUGAUAGCAAACUAGCUAAUGUACUUUCUUAUGCUCUGCUUAUAUAGCUUCUUGUGUCUUAUGGUGUCAACUGUUUAGUGAUAACUUUUUUUUUUCCUUUCAAGGAUAAGAUGUAUUUUAUAAAUGAAAUGAACAGUGCAAAGUGGACCAUAGAGGGUCAUCGGCAAAGUGAAACAGGAUACCCAAUCAAGAAUUAGAUUUACCAUCUUUCACAGACCAUUUUA